GAUCGGGAGCCGCCGCGCGCGGUGGCGAUGGACAUCAUCCCGACGGACCUCGUGGUGGAGAUCCUGCAGCGCCUCCCAUGGACCUCGCGCCGGCGGAUGCGCCUCGUGUGCCGGUCCUGGCGCGAUCUCGUCCACAAGCGCACGACGGAGAUGAAGCAGCGCCGCGACGCCGUGCCGCUCAUCGUCACGACGAAAUCCGUGUACGUCCUCGGCGACCUAGGGUCGUCCAAGUCCCGACCGACCCGAGAGCUAUGGCGCAGCACAGACGUCUACAAGCACAUGGAGGUGGUCGGCGUCUGCAACGGCGUGCUCUGUCUCUGCGACGACACCAAGCCCGGUGGCGCGAUCACCCUGGCCAAUCCUGCCACCGGCGACUUCCUCGCGCUCCCGCCGAUCCCGCGCGCCGGCCUGUUCCGUCGCCACAACUCGCGGCGGUCCGGCAGGAGCUGGCACCAGGCGUAUAGCUUCGGGUACCACCACGGCACGGGGCAGUACAAGGUGGUGCACGUUCCCUGCUUCUUCAAGACCAAGGAGACGCUCCAGGUGUUCACCCUCGGGGAGGCGUCCUGGAGGGAGGUCCCGGCCCCCGGCGACAGGUGCAGGCUCGACGCCGGCGUGGUCAGCGUGAAUGGGGCGACGUACUGGGUCGUGGAGGGGUCGGAGAGGAUCGUGUCCUUUGACCACCGGAGCGAGCAGGUGAAAACAGUAACGCCAUUGCCCGUCUCCGAUGGACCCAUCGGCCAUCUCACCGAGGUGCAGCGCAGGCUGAGCGUCGCAAUUGUAACCAGGGUCGACCCCAAAUCCGUCUACUACUGCGGGCGUGGGGAUGGGACCAUCGAGGUGUGGAUUCUCGAGAAUAAGAGUAAAGAGCAGACCUGGGUUCAUCAAUACAGCUUGCGUUCUCUAUCCUGCUUGCCCGGUCCAUCGUCGAUCCAGAUGGUGCGGCCAAUCUUCAUCCACGGCGACUACAUCCUCAUGGUUCAGGGCCAAAGCCAGAGAUUGCGGCCUUAUCGUCGUCGGCCCAACUCUUACGUGACGAGGCAGGAAUGCAGCGCCGUUCAUAUCAACUCAUGUGACCCACAGGCGUUCAUUUCCAAUAUGAAAGGCGAUAUUUGUCGAGUGUUUGCAUACGUCGAGAGUGCGGAUGCAUUGGGUGUUUACAGGCGUUGGUGAGGAGAUACGAAUGAAUUCAUUUAUUUAUACUCGCGAUAAAGACAUCCUACUGUAGCUGUUAGUGUUCAAAUUCUCUUUUAUUUGUACUGUUAGUUUGAGAGUACCGGAUUAAUCUCGAAUCAAAAUUCGUCCAACUAUGACUCUU